CAAUACGUCAAAUGGUUGUGUUCGUGUUUAGAAACUUUUUUAGCUCUGUCUCAAAUCUCAGGCUUUUCAUUGGUCAAUGUAUAUUCAGUGUCGGUUUUUACCCAAAAAGAUACACGAAAUCUUACUUGAGCUGUAAAAAUUUCUGUAAAAUCUCGUACCCAACUGAUGCAAACCUAUACAUUUACACUAGAACCCUUUGUGACAAGAAAUGUGAAACUAUCAAUAUGCUUUCCAUUACAGACGUGUCAUGCUUCCGGAAACUAUCAAAAUAUGGGACAAGUACAAACGACACUGUCAAGACAUGAGUCGUUGGUCCAUUUGCAUAACUCAAAAGCUUUCAACCGAAAACUUUACGUUAAAAAAUGACACCAACGAGAGUGCUAAGCAAUCAAUAAGUGAUCUCUUUAAGCAGAGCUACAAUUAAGUUACCGUUGUUUUUUUUCGCUUAUUACGAAUCGAUUUCUGUAGAUCUAGAAUCUACAUUUCUUCCGAAUGUUCGAGGACUCCUUUACAAGAUAUAUUUCUAGGGAAAACAACAAUACAGGAAAUUUAAGCAAUGAGUAUUCUUGACAAAUUAGAAAUAAGCUUGGAGAAUAGUUCUGAUGGGAACUUUCUGGCAGGCCAAACUGUGCACGGGAAACUUAUAAUGACGGUGAGGAAAGGUCUGAAAGUUCAAGGUAUAGAGCUUAAAGUAAGAGGAAGAUGCCAUGCUGAAUGGAAGGAAGGUUUUGGUGAUCAGGAAAGAAAACUCUACGAGACAGAGGAAUACAUAAAACAUUCUAUUAUUGUGUUCGGGAAAGCUCCAGAAAAGGAUGUCACACAUAUAGAGUUUUUGGAGAGCGGAAAACACGUAUUUAACUACAAGUUUGAUCUACCACCACAUAUACCAUCUUCUUUUGAAGGUAGACAUGGAUACAUCAGAUACUGGGUAAAGGCAAAGAUUCACGGUGUAUGGGGUUUACUUGACCAGUCGGGUCGAGUUGAGUUUGGUGUGGAGCGGUCCCUGGAUCUGAACAACGUUCAAGGAGCAAUGGAAGGAGCAGAAGACGAGGAUUCCUGUGUUAUUUGUGGGUGUUGUCUUAAUCAAGGAACUAUCUCCGCCGCUUUCCGAAUUAAUAGGCGUGGUUUUGUUUCGGGAGAAUCCAUUUUAUGCGAUGCUGAAAUAUAUAAUGGAUCUGUUUCAAGUAUAAAAUCAACAAAAUUAAAACUUUAUAAGAUUAUAACGUACGGUGACGUUCCGUUUGAAUCAAACACACGAGAAAAGCAGACGAUAUGCGAACAAUUGCGCGGGAAAAUCAAACCUGGGAAGGAAGAAAUAUACGAAAAUGAAACGCUAACAUUACCUUCAAAACAGCACGUGACCUCAUUGCCCGGAUGUUCAUUUAUUGACAUAGACUAUGUUGCCGAGUUAAAAGUGUGCUGUCCUAAAGAAGACGUCAAUCUCCGUCUUCCAAUUUUGAUAAUUGUAGGAACAGUUCCUUUAAAGAAUGCCACGCCUCCAAAUAUAAUUCAACCAAUCAGAGAUAUUGUUUCAAGUAGCGAAGGAAUUCCCGAACCAGUCGUAUUACAGCCAACCUCAACACAUAUAUGGACGUCAUUUGACACGCCCUCUUUCUACGGAAGAGAAAUGACGUCUGAUGAAAUGGCGUCAUUUAUGAACUCGGAAGCCCCGCCUCCAUCAAGUGUUCCACCAAUAGCAACCGAGCUUGAUGAAUAUUACCCUCCUGUUGCAGAUCUUUCCAUUCUGAAACGGGAGAGAACGCUGACUGAUAUUUAUGGAGAUAGAAGACGUCCCAGAUUUUUAAGAAUUAUGUCUGCCGUCAAUGAAGGGUUUGAAAGUGACGACGAAAGUGUUGGUGAGGAAGAGUUAUGACAAAAAAACAGUCGGAUCAAAAUGGAAACGUCUCGUUCAAAGUGACCAAUGACCAGAUAUAACUUUUCAUAAUAAAGGAUUUAGACUAAGGGACAAUACUGCAGAUGAAACAAUAAAGUUAUUUUAGCAAGUUACCUCCCUUGUACCAAUGAUAUAAUUUUUCACGUUUUGACGAUCAAAAUAA